GAGUUGAGUUGAGUUGAGACAGCACGCUAAUCCGGUGUCCUAUGUUUGGUAUAUAUACUGUAAUUCCGCUUCGUAAUAACACAGUUCGCCACCGUCUUCGCAGUAGAUCAAGUGUAACAAGAAAGAUUUUAAAAAAUCAGUGUAUAAUGGCAUUCAAAUUUGCAGCUCUGUUCACAAUUCUGGCCGUGGCCACCGCUCAGCACUACGAUCCACAUUACUAUCAGCAGCCUCAGUACCAUGCUCAGCCAGCUUUAGUGAAGACUAUCCAGCCUGCACUGGUGAAGAGUGUGCAGCCAGCCAUUGUCAAAGCAUACCAGCCGGCUCUGGUGAAGGCCGUCAAGCAAAUCGAAUACCCGGACGCUCCCGCUCAGUACCAGUUCGCUUACGAAGUUCACGAUGACCAAACCGGAGACGUCAAGAGUCAACAGGAGGAACGUAGCGGUGACAAUGUCAAGGGAGUGUACACUUUGAUCGAUGCCGAUGGUUUCCGUCGAAUUGUCGAGUACACCGCCGAUGAACAGAACGGAUUCAACGCCGUCGUUCGUCGUGAGCCGUUGGAAGGACAGAAGAUCAUUAAGGCUGUCGCCGCCCCGAUUGCUAAAGUGGCUUACGCACCGGCUCCGGUUCAGCACUACCAGCCAGCACCAAUUCAGCACUAUCAACCGGCCCCAAUUCAGCACUAUCAACCAGCACCAAUUCAGCACUAUCAGCCUGCUCCUAUCCAGCACUACCAACCAGCUCCAGUCCAGCAAAUCUUGACUAAGGCCUACGCUGCUCCAAUCGCCAAGGUUGCCAUUCCAGCCGUCACUAAAGUUACUCUUCCGGUAGCCAAGGUUGCCUAUGCGCCUCAUCCGGAAACUGUCAACCACGUCCAGUUCAGCGGACACUCCGCAAACUACAAUUACUAAGUCACCACAAGCCAUGGAUCGAUUGGACGAUAACGAAUCUGUACACCGAUUAAUCGCUAGAGAUUCGCUAGUUAUCUAGUUGUAAAUAUUUGUAAAUAUUCGUGAUACUAUUAAUCAAUUAAAGUGAAAAUAUUAUAAUGAUGCAUACGUAA